CCCACCUAUCGUUUGUCAGGCCCCAUCAAGGUGAAGUCGUCACCUUACCUACUAACACGUUCCAUCAUCCAGUGGCAUAGACACGAACACGUUCAAUUUACCUAGCAUACAUUAGAACUACCACACCAUCAUUAUGGCAGACACAAGCGCAAACGUCGCCGCCGAUGAUGGUGGCGACCCUCAAGUCACCUUCAAGGUCAAGACUUCGGGCGACCGAAACCACACCAUCACCAUUGCCGAAUCCGCCACCGUCCUGGACCUGAAGCAGAAGCUUGCCGGAGAAGACCUGGAGAACAUCCCCGUAGAGCACCAGCGUCUAAUAUACUCGGGCCGCGUCAUGAAGAACACAGACCUGCUGAGCGUCUACAAGAUCAAGGAUGGUAACACCGUCCACCUUGUAAAGAGCGCCGCGAGCAACCGUGCCUCGACCGCCGCCGGCACCACAUCCACAUCCGCCUCGGGAGCCCCGGCGACGCCUGCUGUCCCUACCAACAUGGCCGCCGGUACCUCUGCGAGCAACCUUUUGGAGGGCCUCACUGGCGCUCGCUUUGCAGGCCUCGCCCCGCUUCCGAACCCUGAUAUCUUUGGACCAGAUGGUGGCAUGGCCCCGCCCCCCUCCGAGGAGCAGCUCGCAGAUUUACUGUCACAGCCCGGGAUGGCCGCAAGCAUGAACGAAGCGCUCUCGAAUCCGGCAAUGAUUGACUACAUAAUCCAAUCGAACCCUAUGCUGCGCAACAUGCCCAACGCACGCGAGAUGGUACAAUCGCCUCAGUUCCGCCAGAUGAUGACCGACCCAGAGUCGAUAAGAAUGGCCGCGCGCCUGCGCAGGAUGAUGGGAGGCUCUCCCGGCGAGGCCAGCGCUUUCCCCGCCCCGGGCGCAACUGACAACACUGCCGAGAGCGCCCGAUCAACAAACCAGCCGGCCCAGAGCGGUUUCCCUCUGUUUGACCCAGCUAUGCUGGCCCGUAUGUCGGGUGACGCAGGCGCGAACCCAUUCGCAGCACUCUUCGGCCCUCAGGCCACACAGUCAUCAGGGAACACAGCCACAAACCCAGCAUCAGGCACUCAGGGUACUGGCGACGCUGCUGGUGCUGGAGGCCCUACUGCCAACAACCCGUUCGGCAUGAACCCCGAGAUAUUACGGCAGAUAAUGGGGAUGGCAGGUGCUCCCGGGGCCGGCGGUCUUGGGGCCGGCGGUCUCGGAAACAUGUUCGGCAUGGGCGCACCAAGCCCGCCCGACAACAGGCCACCCGAGGAACGCUAUGCGGAACAGCUUAGGCAACUGAACGACAUGGGAUUCUAUGAUUUCGAUUCAAACGUUGCUGCUCUCAGAAGAUCAGGUGGAAGCGUCCAAGGGGCUAUCGAGCACCUCCUCAACUCCUCAUGACAGUCUGCCACACCAACAAGGGCAUACGUUUAACUAGUUCGGUGGACGGUCAGUGGAGCUGGGUUUGAGGUCGACCUAAUGCGCGGCAGAGGAGUUGGACUCUCAUUGCAGACGACAUGGGACUGCUUUUGGCUGAAGCAAUAUCCGAAAGCUGGGGGGAAAUGAAGACCUGUCAUGAUUUACGGCUCUUUUUUUUUUCUCGCGCUGAGAAUGCAUAAUUAUCGAAUCAAUAAACGUUAUUCUCAAUGUAAAUCAGCAGGUUGCAGAGCUAGAUGAGCAAAUCAUUCAGAACUGUCCAUCGGUAACUGGCUAGCUCGUAGCCCAGCAAAGGACGGAGGACAAUGCUUCAUACCUCCUACAGCCGAACUUUAAA